CUUUUUUUAUGCCCACGCCUCAUCUUCUUCUUUUUAUCGUCCUCACUCCUCUCAUGCCCAAAAGCCAAAUUGCCAUCUCUCACUGGUUUUCACUUUUCUUACCCGUUACCGGCCACAACGUCGCCGGAAAAUUGAAGCAAGCAGCCAGAAAAAUGGAGCUCCCGGUGACAGAUUGUGGUUUAAAUUACGGAAAUGAAAGCGUGACGUUAUCGUGCCGUCGCGUAUAUCGGAACUUUAACCGUUUGUAGAAACCCUAAGCAAAAGCGACGUUACUUAGCAGAGUUUAGAAGUUAUUCCAAGCUUUGUCUUGUAUAUCGGAGGCAAAAUAGUAUAUAAUAUCGGAGGUAUAGGGUAGCUGUUUCAGCUUAGAGUCUCGAAUUUUGUUAAACGAACUUUAUCCUUGGUGAAAUUCUGGAUUUCCGUGUCGAUUCGAUCUGGUGCAUCAUUGGUGGUCAUUUCGAUCGAUGUGUAGAGUUUAAACUUGUAACUAAACUUUUGGAUUUUCUUUUACGUAAUUACAUUUCUUCCUCCUCAAUUUGUGUGCUGAAGGCGAAGAGUUGAGAAAAUUAAUUAGUAGAAGGGCUGUUGAGGUGGUAGUUUAGCUACUAAUGAUCGUGAUCAAGUUUUUUUUUUUUUUUUUUGAAAAUGAAGGAGAAAAUUUGAUAAUACCCUGUUGAUAUUGUUGGUGGGGCGAAGGCUGAAGCGUUUGUCGUGUUGUUGAAUCUUGAUCAAGCUGAUCAUGCCUUUUCAAAUGAAGAUCCAGCCAAUCGAUUCAUACCCAUCUGAAGAGCUAACUAGGUUGGAGCCGGUAAAGCCAGUGGUGAAAUCGCGUCUCAAGCGACUCUUUGAGCUUCAAUUCCUGAGAAAUUCCGCCGCUGAAAAAGUCGGCGUUGUUGAUGAGUCGCAUUUCCACAAGGAUGGCGCUAAUGGCUCCACUGAGUUUGAGCCGAGCUCAUUGUGCUUGGCGAAGAUGGUACAAAACUUCAUAGAGGAGAGCAACGAUAAGCAAUCAUCCGCCGCGGUGAGGUGUGGCCGCAAUCGCUGCAACUGCUUCAACGGGAAUUGUAAUGACAGCUUGGAAGACGAAUUCGAUGGCUUUGUUGAUUUUGGCGACUCUAAUUUUGUUUCAUCUGGCGAAGGAAUUGAAAUUCUAAAGAGUUUGGUCCCCUGUGCAAGUGUUACUGAGAGAAAUUUGCUAGCAGACACUGCGAGGAUCGUUGACAAGAACAAGAUCUGCAAGCGCAAAGACGAUUUUUGCAGGAGGAUCGUUACUGAUGGAUUGUUGGCUAUUGGAUACGACGCUUCAAUCUGCAAAUCUCGUUGGGAAAAAUCCCCCACCCAUCCUGCCGGUGAAUAUGAAUACAUAGACGUGAUCGUCUCAGGCGAGAGACUGCUAAUUGACAUUGAUUUCAGAUCAGAAUUUGAAAUUGCUCGAUCAACCAAGGCCUACAAAUCUCUCCUCCAAUCUCUACCCCACAUCUUUGUGGGCAAAGCCGAUCGCCUCCAGAAGAUCGUAUCUGUCGUAUCAAAUGCAGCGAGGCAGAGCCUCAAGAAGAAGGGCAUGCAUAUUCCACCGUGGAGAAAAGCCGAGUAUGUCAAAGCUAAGUGGCUUUCUCCUUAUACGCGAGCCAUACCGACUGUUUCCUCACACCAACCUGAACCCAGGCCUCAAAAGGAGCAAACUUUGGUUCCAAAAGGGAUGAACAAUUUUUCACCGGGGAGCGGCGAAGAGAAGGACUCCGUGGAGGAUACUGAGUUGGGUGAGCCUGUCUUUUCCUUGUCAUCUGAAAGUUCCGUGGAAGAAAAGAACGAGACGGUUGUGAGAGAAUGGAAACCACCUGAGAUUAAGCCCAAGAGUUUUCAGAAGGGGGUCAAGAUCGUGACCGGUUUGGCUUCUGUUAUUGAAGACGAGCCAUGAAAUUUUGGUCUUUUGCUUUUCUUCUUUACAUCUUCUCUUCUUCUUCUUCUUCUUCUUCUUCUCCUCCUCUUCUAAAUUUUGGAGAUCGGAUAUCAUAUGUGAUAUAAACCAAUCAAAAUCCCCUUCUGCUUUUUGUGUAAGGGUCUGAUUUACUAAUAUCAAUAAAACUCUUGCUGUAACAAUAGUAUACAGAUAA